AUGAUUGAGGUGUCAGCCAGUGACCCAGAUUGUGGCGUUAAUGCGAUAGUCAAUUAUACACUGGGCAAUGGCAUCAAACAGCUUGCUGAUUUUGAGGUACGUUCUGCUGCGGGUGAGAUUUGCAUUACCAGCGAGUUAGACUAUGAGAAACGAAGCUCAUAUGAAUUUCCAGUUAUUGCAAUAGAUAGAGUCAAUCGCAAUGGUGUUCGCUAUUCAAUAUACUCUGGGGACCCGGAAAGUUACUUCAGCAUCGAUACUAUUACUGGCAAUAUACGCAUCGCAAACCAUUUAGAUCACGAAACUAGAGCACAGAUUUUGCUCAAUAUUCAAGCGAUGAGCGGUGAUCCUCCAGCUUAUGGACAUACCCAGCGGCUACUUGUUGUAGGUCUGUAUGUCCAUAUUAGGGAUCAGCAACGAGCCGCUUUUUUACCUCGCUUUUAUUAGCUUGGGAUGCAACUAUGUAAUAAUGAUGCGCCUAAAAGAUGCAGUGAUUUCCAUUCUCAAGUUGCGUAGCGAGUUUUUACUAUAAGUUUUUGAUACUUAAAGCCACUCAACAUAUUUAGGAUACAUGUACAUAAGUAACACGAAAUCAGUAAAAAGCCACAUCUCUGAUGUACUGCGUACAAUGUUGAUUAAAAUUUUAAAUUAGUCAGCGGUGUUUUAAUCAAUUAUUUGUAUGCAUAUUGUGGACGGAUCCCAUGCAGCAGUGCCUCGCUGGGUCGAUGCCUGUACUCAUUACAAGUGGUGAAGAGAAUACUCAAUGCUAUUCAAAGUAUCGCUAGAAAAUACUCGAUUCUACUUUUACAGUACAACAUAAAAACAUACAGUGGAGAAAGGCGAUUUUUUUUUGUGAAAUUAUAGAUCCUGCCUUAAGCCUGCUAUAUGAUGCGAGCGUGAGCGUGAGCUUUUUAUUUUGACCAAUACCUUCGUUAUUGCUUAACUUGUUGCAAUAGUUGAUA